AUGAAGCAACCAAAUGACUUUCACAUUUCCAUUCCCAGACCUUUCUUCUUCCUCUUCAUCUUCUUCCUCACUCUUCUGCAAACCCUAAUUUCUUCGCAAUCCAUUCACCCCUUCGAUUCCCUCACUCCCGCAGAAUACACACAAAUCCAAACCACAAUUCGCAACCUCUACCCCGCCGCCGCCUUCCACUACGUCGGCCUCGACGACCCCGACAAAUCCGCCGUCCUCCGAUGGCUCUCCGAUCCCCAAUCUAAGCCCACCCCCCACCGCCGCGCCUACGCCGUCGUCCGUACCGGUACCAAAUCACACGACAUCGUCCUCGACCUCGACAGAAACGUCGUCGUCUCCGAUAACGUAUACGCCGGCCAUGGAUUCCCGAUUCUCACCUUUGCAGAGCAGGUUGCAUCUGAAGAGCUUCCGAAGACGUAUCCGCCAUUUAUUGCGUCCAUGGAGAAGAGAGGGCUGUUGAUUGAUGAAGUGAUCUGUGGAAGCUUCACCGUCGGGUGGUUCGGGGAGGAGACUCGACGGAGAGAGGUAAAAUUGAUGUGCUUUUACCUGAACGGGACGGUUAAUUUCUACAUGCGGCCGAUUGAGGGAAUCACCAUUGUCGUCGACCUCGACGAGAUGAGAAUCUCCGGCUACCGCGACAGGGCGGUCAUCCCUGUCCCGAAAGCCGACGGGAAAGAUUACAGAGAGUCGCGGCAGAAUCCGUCGUUCGAUAACCGUUUCAAGAGCAUCGCGACCUACCAGCCCGACGGUCCGAGUUUCGCCAUUAAUGGCAGCUUAGUAAGCUGGGCGAACUGGGAAUUCCAUGUCGGAUUCGACAUGCGCGCCGGGCCGGUGAUCUCUCUGGCGUCGGUGUACGACCACGAGCAGGACACGCGGCGGCGCGUGAUGUACAGUGGCCUUAUUUCAGAGCUUUUUGUGCCGUACAUGGACUUGACAGAAGAGUGGUACUACCGGGCAUUCCUCGACAAUGGCGAGUGGGGGUUCGGGCAGUCUGCCGUCCCGCUGCAACCUCUCCGGGACUGCCCGGAGAACGCCGUCUUCCUCGACGGCUAUUUCGCGUUUCACGACGGGACUCCGACCAAAAUUCCGAACGUCUUCUGCUUGUUUGAGCGCCACGCCGGCGACAUCCUCUGGCGCCACUCCGAACAGGCCGUCGGAGAUCUGGUUACGGAAAGCCGGCCGGACCGGACCUUAGUUCUGAGAAUGGUGGCAGCGGUGGCGAACUACGAUUACAUUAUCGAUUGGGAAUUUAAGCAGACGGGAAGCAUUAAAGUCACUGCUGGACUCUCUGGUCUGCUCGCCGUCCGCGGCAGUCCGUACACCAACGCCGGCCAAAUCAACACCGAGCAGUACGGGAAGCUGCUGUCAGAGAAUCUCCUCGGCGCGUACCACGACCACUUCCUUACCUUCCGCCUCGACGUCGACGUCGAUGGCGAGGCCAACACUUUCGUCCGGAACGAGCUCCGAACGCGCCGUGUGAACGACGGUCGGUCGCCGCGGAAGAGCUACUGGACAGUCGUCGGGAAUCCGGCGAGGCGCGAGUCGGAAGCCAAGGUCCGACACGGCGCCGCCGGUGAGUUGCUGGUGACUAAUCCGAAUAUGAAGACGAAGGUCGGAAACGCCGUAGCUUACAAAAUUCUCCCCGGUUUUCCGCCGGCGGGGGUGCUCCUUGAGGAAGACGACUACCCGCAGAUACGGGGAUCGUUUACGAGGUAUAAUGUGUGGGUGACGCCGUACAACCGGUCGGAGAAGUGGGCCGGCGGGAUGUACGCCGACCGGAGCCACGGCGAGGACGGACUGGCGGCGUGGACGGCGGAGGAUCGGGAAAUCGAGAACCGUGACAUAGUGGUGUGGUACACGAUGGGGGUGCAUCACGUGCCGUGCGCGGAGGAUUUUCCGGUGAUGCCGACGUUGAGCUUGGGGUUCGAGCUGAAGCCGACGAAUUUCUUCGAGUAUAAUCCGACGCUGAAGUACCGACCGCCGGCGCCGGCGAGCCUGAAUUGUACGUUGAGUGGGAGUAUUAAGAUUUAA